AUGGCUGCCGGGGUUAGCCCAGAACCAGAGCGCGGCGUAGAAUUCCAAGGGUAUGGAGUCCAUGCUUCGCCAGCCCAGGAGUACCAAGGCUCGAAACACCCCCCGGACGACAGCCCAAAUUUCCACGCUGACAUUUACGACCUGUACACCACCGACCCGGACGGUUACGAAGCCGACGAGGACAAUGACUUCGAGGCGACCGCAACAACGACGUCGGAGACCAUCGCUUCCUGGACAACACACAUCUCGCCGCUGUCGCCUCGGUGGGAUUCUCUAGGCUACCGGCGACCUGGUAAUUGCCUAGGUCCUGCGUCGCCAGUUCCGGGCAAUUACCACGCGAAAUCUACGAAUACGACCGACGAGUCGCGUCCCGGUGUUCACCCACUCACCUCUAGAGCUAGACAUGAAACUCACUGGUCGCCUACUACGAAGAUGAACGCUACCGAGCCGGCGCGCGUCGAUAACUUCUCGAGACCGAGGACGGCCAGCAUAAAACAGUCCUCCCACGAGUCUCCGUGGUUACGACCUGCCAAUCUGUCUUCGAUGGAAUCGGGCCAGUCCCAGCCCGAAUUCGUCGUCAACUACACCGUAUCGUGGCCGCGAGAGCGCGGCCACUCCGUUUCCUCCAACGUAUCCGCUUCCACCUUCGCAUCUGUCCCCGUUCGAGCGCCUCCCGACAUGUACGGCCGAGAAAACCAUCGCGGUAGGGGUCGGCAACCCCAGACUCCGCUCUCCCGACCCCCCUUGCUGUAUAGUCGUGCCGAGAGCAGCGGACCAACCUUUGCGAGAGAUCCUAUACCCCGAAUGGCGUCUUUGCCGUCUGAGGAGCUCAGGUCCAGCUACCGAUCCCAGCUUUCGACGUCGACGGCGCAGGGGACCCUGGCCACCGAGCGAAGCAGCGUCGCGACGAAGAGCAGCUCCAUAACAUCCGUUUACGAAGCCGUCGACGCCGUCGACGGUGCCGAUGACGAUUUUAGCCUGGACGACAUCAUGGGAAUGUACGAGAAAGGCUUCCACGAUUCCAUGCCUGAGGAUGACGAUUCGCGGCCGCCGACAGCGAAAUCAGAAUUGAGCCGGAGGAGGGCCUCGGUGCUGGAAGCUAUAUCCGGACCUUUAUUACCGCGCAAGUCGCUAAUAUCGCCGCCCGUCUCCGAAUUGACCGCGCGAAACUCGACCAACAUGUUCCACGAUUCCGAUAUGCAGCCCUUACCCGAGGAAUCUGAGGACCAGGAAGCCGAGGGGGAAAAUAAAAUCAUCGAAGCCGAAGAUGAGGGAGACGGACGCGGCAGGGCAAACAAGGCGGACCACGACAAUAGUUACCACGAUAACGAGGUCGGCAACGAUAACGGCGACGGCAACGGCGACAGAACAAUCGGCAAUGGCGAAGACGAAGUCGGUGACGAGGAGUUGCCACCACCUAUGCGCCGGCAAACCGACCUUACCAUUGCCGAAGACGACGACGAACGAGAUCGUUACGGAUUCAGGAAGAGCAACCAAUACAUAAACCGAGAGCAAUACGACGACUGGAAUCAAGGGUAUAUCGAAUACCUGGCGAGGAGGAGGAGGAAGUGGGUUGUUUUCUUGAAGGAGAACGGGCUCAUGACGGACAACCCCAACCGCUUCCCGCCUCGGUCCGCGAAAACAAAGAGAUUCGUGCGGAAAGGUAUCCCGCCGGAUUGGAGAGGAGCAGCGUGGUUCUACUACGCCGGUGGGCCAGCUGUCGUCGCAAAGCACGCUGGCGUAUACGAAAAUUUAUUGAAGCAGACAGCGAAGGAGGUGGACGUCGAGGCGAUCGAACGCGACUUGCACCGCACCUUUCCGGACAACGUCAGGUUCCGCAAUGCUCGGCCCUCGGCUACUUCUUCUGCCGCCACGACUCAUGGGAGCAGCCCGAGAACGCCGAUGAGUCCAGGGACGCCUAGGAGGCGGUGGGAGAACGCGUCUCGGGAGGACGAGAAGCCGAUGAUUUCAUCCUUGCGUCGUGUCCUCCACGCUUUCUCCAUUUACAACCCACGCAUCGGCUACUGCCAGUCGCUGAACUUCUUGGCCGGCCUGCUCCUCCUGUUUGUGGAAUCGGAGGAGCACGCAUUCUGGCUGUUGAAUAUCAUCACGCGGGUUUACCUCCCGGGGACGCACGAGAUGAACCUCGAGGGCGCCAACGUCGAUCUCGGGGUGCUGAUGUCCUCGCUGAGGGAUGCGAUGCCUAACGUGUGGGCGAAGAUAGGCGGCGAGCUGGACGGGACGGACGCCGUGCGGCCGAAAACCCGAAGGUAUAGGCACAACAAGACCGAACCCACCCGGCUCCCGCCCAUCACGCUGUGCAUGACUGCCUGGUUCAUGAGCUGCUACAUCGGGACCCUGCCCAUCGAGAGCACGCUCCGGGUGUGGGACGUAUUCUUCUACGAAGGGUCGAAGACGCUCUUCCGAAUCGCGCUGGCGAUCUUCAAGAUGGGCGAAAACGAGAUCAAGGCGGUCGGAGAUCCGAUGGAGAUCUUCCAAGUGGUGCAGACGAUACCCCGCAGACUCGUCGACGCCAACCGGCUGAUAGAGGCUUGCUUCCGGCGUCGUAACGGCUUCGGCCACAUCAGCCAGGAGACGGUGGAACAGAAGAGACAGGAGAGGCGAAUCCAAGUCAAGGCCGAGCGGGAAAAGCUGGCGACCACCUAG